AUGGUUGAGAAGGCUCACCCCUGUGAGAUGCAUGGUUCGAUCUUGGGGGACAUUUUGCACAUGGCAGAUCAGGGAACACAUCACAAGCAGAUAGAGCACAGGUGUGAGGCAUGGGGGAGUAAAUCGUAUGACAGUACAAUCUUUCAUCAGCACCAGAAUCAGUACAUUGGAGAGAAACCCUAUAGAAUCAGUGUUGAGGAAGCGUUGUUUGUGAAGAGGUGUAAGUUCCAUGUGUCAGAGGAGUCAUCUGUCUUCAGUCAGAGUGGGAAGGACUUUUUGGCCAUUUCAGUAUUACUUCAGCAAGAGGCCAUUCACACUGGGAAGAAGUCAAGCAGCAAAACUGAGUGUGUGUCUCUCUUUCAGCGGGGGAAAACGCGUUACAGCUGUGGAGGAUGCAUGAAACAUCUUAGCACCAAAAAUGUUCUUGGUCAGCAUCAGACACAUCCCCCUAGAGAAGAAUGUUACGUGUGCUGUGAAUGUGGGAAAUCCUUUAGCAAACAUGAUAGCUUUAGUAAUCAUCAGAGAGUUCACAGUGAAAAAAAACCUCAUGAAUGUGGAGAAUGUGGGAAAUCUUUUAGUCAAAAGAGCUACCUCACUCAACAUCGGCGAUUUCACACUGGAGAAAGACCUUACGGGUGUGAAGAAUGUGGGAAACAUUUUAGUUCAGACGGACAUCUUAGGAGCCAUCAACGAGUGCACGGUGGAGAAAGACCUUAUGAAUGUGGAGAAUGUGGGAAGUCUUUCAGUCAUAAGCGCAGCCUUGUUCACCAUCAGCGAGUUCACAGUGGAGAAAGAGCUUAUAAGUGUGGAGAAUGUGGGAAAUCGUUUAGUCAAAAGGGCAACCUCGUUCUACACCAGCGAGUUCACACUGGAGAAAGACCUUAUGAGUGUGGAGAAUGUGGGAAAUAUUUCAGUUCGAAAGGACACCUUAGGAACCAUCACCGCAUUCACACUGGAGAAAGACUUUAUGAGUGUGGAGAGUGUGGGAAAUCUUUUAGUCAUAAGGGCACCUUCAUUUUACAUCAGCGAGUUCACCCUAGAGAAAGACCUUAUGAGUGUGGAGAAUGUGGAAAAUCUUUCAGUUCAAACGGGCACCUUAGGAGCCAUCAGUGGGUUCAUACUGGAGAAAGACCUUAUGAAUGUGGAGAAUGUGGGAAAUCUUUUAGUCAUAAGCGCAGCCUUGUUCAUCAUCGGCGCAGUCACACUGGAGAAAGACUAUAUGAGUGUGGACAAUGUGGGAAGUCUUUUAAUGAAAAAGGACACCUUAGGAAUCAUCAGCGAGUUCACACUACAGAAAGACCUUAUAAGUGUGGGGAAUGUGGGAAAUGUUUUAGUCACAAGGGCAACCUCAUUCAACACCAGCAUAGUCAUACUGGAGAAAGGCCUUAUGUGUGUUGGGAAUGUGGAAAGUUAUUUAAGAAGAAGUCUCACCUCCUUGCACACCAGAGAGUUCACACUGGAGAAAAGCCAUAUGCAUGUGAGGCCUGUCAGAAAUCUUUUAGGCAUAAGUACCAACUCAUUGCACACCAGAGAGUUCACACUGGAGAAAGGCCAUAUGAAUGCAAUGAGUGUGGAAAGUCAUUUACCCACAGCUCUACAUUCCAUGUUCAUAAACGAGUUCACACUGGAGAAAAGCCUUAUGAGUGCAGUGAAUGUGGGAAAUCUUUUGCUGAAAGCUCCAGUCUCACUAAACACAAGAGAGUUCACACUGGAGAAAAGCCAUAUGAGUGUGAGGAUGGUCAGAAGGUUUUUAGCAAUAAGGACCACCUCAUUGCACACCAAAGAGUUCACAGUGGAGAAUGGCUAUAUAAAAUGCAAUGAUUGUGGGAAAUCAUUUACUCAGAGUUCUAAAUUCUGUGUUCAUAAGAGAGUUCACACUGGUCAGAAGCCUUAUGAGUUCAGUGAAUGUGGGAAAUCUUUUGCUGAAAUCUCCAGUCUCACUAAACACAGAACUGAGUUCACAUUGGAGAAAAGCCUUAUGGGUGCAGUGAAUGGGGAAAGAAAUUUAGCUGAAGCUUUUCACUUCUUCACCAUCAGAGGGUUCACAAGAGAAAGGCCUUAGUGUAGUGAAUGUAGGAAAUCUUUUGCUGAAACUUUCAGUCUCAUUCAACACAGGAGAGUUCACACUGGAGUAAGGUCUUGUGAUUGCAGCAAAUGUGGAAAAAAAGUUACCUGAAGGAAGGUCUGCUCUCCCUGGACAUCAGAGAGUUCACACUAGACAAAUGAAAUAAAUUUUGGCAAUUUUGUAGCCAUAUCUCUCUGUUCCUUCAAGAUCAGAGCAUUAACACUGGAUCAGGGCCUUACUAGUGUGACAAAUGUGAGAUAUUUAUGUAGAAGUCUAGCUUCAUAACACACAGGAGAGUUCCCACUGUAGAA